GGGACAACUUAUCUAAAUGUGAAAAAGGUGUGAAAAUGUCCAAUAGUAAACAAAACGAAGACGAAAAGUCGCAAAAGGCAGAAUCUGAGGUUGACAAAGAGCUUGAUGACCUACUAGAAAGUGCCUUAAAAGACUUUGAUAAACCACAGGGUGCUGAGUCCUCACCACAUAAAAAUGUCAAGCAUGUGCCCCCAGGAGGCAAGAAAGAAGAUCCAUUGUCAGAGAUGUUUGCUGAGGAGUUCUCUGAUGAAAUGAGCAAGCAGUUUCAGGAGACCAUGAAAGGUCUGAUGGGAAAUGACCCUCGACUCAUGGAGCAGAUAGAAAAACUGGCAGAGGCAGCAGGACAGUCUGAUGAGUCACAAGGGUCUCAAGAACACUUUGCCAAAACCCUGGCCAGCACAAUAGAAAGUAUGACCGAAAAUCUAGACGGGGCACAGGGUGACAUGAGUGAUGAGGAUCUACUGAAGGCCUUUACCAGUAUGGGGAUGGAAGAGGAGGGAGAAGGAUUCAUGCCGAUGAUGCAGGGCAUGAUGAAGACACUGUUAUCUAAGGAGGUCCUGUAUCCCUCCCUAAAGGAACUCUCACAAAAGUAUCCAAAAUGGAUUGAGGAGAACAAAGAUAAGGUGGAAACCCAGCAGAUGAUUAAAUAUCGGGAACACGACAGGAUUGUACGGGAAAUCUGUGUGGAGUUUGAAGCUGAACACAUGUCAGACACAGAAGAUGUCAAAAAACUACGAUUUGAAAGAAUUGUGGACUUAAUGCAACAGAUGCAAAAUAUGGGACAGCCUCCAAAAGAAAUUGUGGGUGACAUGGCACCAGGUUUAGAGUUUGAUGAGAAUGGAAUACCGAAAAUGCCUAAUGGAUGUCCAAUGAUGUAACUGUGAAGAUUCCUAAUAAAUGUAUGAUGAUGUGAAAAUGCCUGGAGAAAUGUCCCAAUGAUGUAACUGUGAUAAUGUCAGUACAAUAUUGCAUAACCAGAGUUUGUGAUUUCCUGUAAUUAAGAGUAUCACUUUGUAUGUCUUGGAGUGUGUUCGAUGUGAUAUUUUGUAUAACUGUUUCCAGAGGGUGACCAUUUUAGCCGAGUGCAAUAAGUUUGAAUGAUAUCAGUAUGAGAGUAAGAAAAUUCUUUCAUUUAUAAAAUAUUUUAAAAGAUUGUGUGGAACAAGAGUAAAUUUUACUUGAGAUGAUA